GGGAGGGGGGGCGGGUGUGUGAAGGAGAGAUGGGCAUGUCUCACAGCGAUGAACUUGGAGACUAUUUUGCUCAGUUUGGGACUGUAAGAAAAUGCAUGUUGCCAUUUUAUAAAGAAACAGGAUUUCACAAAGGCUUUUGCUUGGUUGGAUUCUCUUCAGAAGAAGGCCUUCACAAUGCAUUACAGAAGGAAUCCCACAUCCUAGAAGGAGUCAAGCUCCAAAUUCAGCGUCAGAAACCCAGAAGUUUUCGAAGUCAGUAUGCAAAUGAAGAAAUAGCUGACAUGAGUUAGCAGCAGCAGGAGACUUUAUUUUAGACUUUCUUUACAUGUUAAUGAAAUAAACAUUACUGGGGGGGGUGGAGAAUCAUUCCUCCUUCCGCCCUCCCCACCAGAAGUUGCUUGUAGGUAACAAGACAGCAACAUAAGCAUGUAAUAAUCUAU